AUGCUCUCCUCAAGCAUCAUCGCUGUGUGUGCACUGCCGCUUGCUUUCGCAGCACCUUUCUGCAUUCGUCAAAACAGCACGGCAAAUGUCACUACAACAUGCGACCUCAGCAACAUCUCUCAGCCUGCCAACACUCUCACACCACCUUCUGCGGACUUGCACCUUGUCUUGAUUGCCCGUGGACAAGGCACGCAAAAUUACACAUGUGCGACAGCGACUUCCGUACCUUCAGCCAUCGGCGCCGUAGCCGAGCUGUUCAAUGCCUCCUGCGAGGUCGCCAACCCAAGUGAAGCCCAGAACAGCGUGGUCCAAGCAGCCACCAUUGGAAACCACUUCUUUGCCGAUCUGACCACUCCCGACUUCGCUAUUGCAGGCCUAGGAAACACCAAGACAAAGAAGGUCGAGGAGGUUGCUGCACCCAACCCAGGCGCUGAUAUCAAGUGGCUCAGGCUACAAGCGCAAGCCUCGGACUCUACGAGUCAGGUCAAGUACAUCUACAGACUGAAGACUGUUGGUGGGCUCGCGCCAACGAGCUGUGAAGGGAGGGCGGAAGGGGAGGUAGUGACGGUGCAGUACGAGGCGCAAUACUGGAUGUAUGCUUGA